UUGUAAUAUAAAACAACCACUAUGGCUAAAAAGGGAGGAGAGAAUUCCAAGAAAGCAGCCGGCCAAGCUAGAAAAGCCGACAAUGCCAAUAAAAAGAAACAAGACCAAGCAGCAGCAGCAGAGGCUGCAGAAGCAGCUACUUGGGAAGACGGAUCCAAAAAGGGUAACAAGAAGAAGGAAGACGCUCAAUUCAAAAAGGAGGAAGCUGCUCGUAAGAAGGCAGAACGUGAUGCAUUAUUAAAGGCUGAAGAGAUUGCCAAUCCCUCUAAAAGUAGAGGUGCUGCAAAACAAGCUAAUAAAAAAACCAAUAAAAUUGAUUCCUUUUUGGAUUGGAAUAAAGACACUCCGGAAUUAAGUGCCAGUGGGUUAGAUUCCGCAUUGGAAGCAUUGGCCUUAACCGGUAGAGAUGGAGGUGUUCAAUCAAAGGAUAUCGAUAGACACCCAGAAAGAAGAGUCAAAGCAGCAUUUGCAGCUUACGAAGAAAAAAGAUUACCAGAAUUAAGAAAAGAAAACCCUGGUUUAAGAUUACAACAAGUUAAAAAUAUCCUCUUCAAAGAAUUCCAAAAAUCUCCUGAAAAUCCAAUGAACCAAGAUACCAACAUCGAUUAUAACGCCUCCAAAGAUGAAAUCGAUGCUAAAAAGAAGGACGUCAGAGCCCAAAGAGAGAAAAAAUUCGCCUAACCAAUUGAUACUCGUACGUAUUAAAAUUCUAUAAUGAAUUAUAACGAUCUAAUAGUAAU